ACCGCAUUCAGGAGGUAACUUCGCAUUUGCCAGUUUCUUAACGUUCGUUUGUUUACACGACGCGAAUUUGCGUAUACGCUAGGGGAAAAUGCUCCAGCUCAGAGAAUACGGAAGUGAUAGCAAUAGCGAUAAGGAUGAAGAAGAUGAUGAAAAGGGCAAGGAGGAGAAUGCCCUGCACCUGGUACCUCUGCCAAAAGCGAACAUGUCCACCUUAUCCAAGUCCAUGGAAAUCUGUGCGGCCCCUGCUACAAUUCCACCGGUGGAAUUUGAUGCAAAACGUUUUGUUGAUCCUGAGACGAAGGAGCUGACUGUUAACCUCAAGUACGACGAGCUUUUUGCACCUACACUAGGUCCUGAAAACCCAUUUCUCUCAGACCAGGAAAAAGCACCGAGGAACCUUCUUUCCGGGUACAUCGAACCCGCACAUUUUAGUGAAUUUCAAUUUGAGAACCAACGCAAGACUUUUGAGAGUUUUGGUUAUGCUGUUGACCCUUCGGUCGACGACUUGGGCAGGAUGCCUGAAGAAGGGACGGCCAUUGUCGGCACGUGCGACCCUGCACAGGACAACUUGAAAACCGUGUUUGAAUCAUCUUCAAAACGGCCGUUGGACAAGAGGAAAAGGCAUAAAAAUGACAAUCCGGCAGAUAUCGAAGGGUUUCUCGGACCCUGGGGCGCUUACAUCGAUGAACAGAAAGUCGCCAAACCUACACCUGAAAUGAAGCAAGAGUUAGAAGAGUACCUUGCAAAACGGCAGAAACUUGGUAAAAAAGUUGAAGACAAACCCAUCGAGGAUAAAACAGUAUUGCACAUCAAAGACCCGAUCGACUACCAAGGGAGGAGUUUUCUCCACCCGCCGCAAGAUGUUGGCAUCAACCUUCGUUCUUCCUCACCUCCAGACAAAUGUUUCAUACCCAAAACAGAGAUUCAUGUUUGGAGGGGACAUACAAAAGGAAUUUCCGCAAUCAGGUGGUUCCCAAGAUCAGCUCAUUUAUUACUGUCUUGCAGUAUGGACUGUAGAAUUAAGAUUUGGGAAGUUUACAAGGAAAGAAGGUGUGUAAGAUCUUAUUACGGACAUAGACAAGCUGUUAGGGAUAUUUGUUUUAAUAACCGUGGAACUAAAUUUAUUUCUGCAGCUUACGAUAGAUUUAUCAAAUUAUGGGAUACAGAAACUGGCCAUUGCCUGUCAAGGUUCACCAGCCGCAAAAUCCCUUAUUGUGUCAAAUUUCAUCCGGAUGAUGACAAACAGAAUCUGUUUGUUGCUGGUACUUCCGAUAAAAAAAUUAUUUGUUGGGAUCUCAGAUCGGGUGAUAUAGUUCAAGAAUAUGACAGACAUUUAGGUGCUGUAAAUUCGAUUACCUUUGUCGAUGAAAAUAGAAGAUUUGUCACUACGUCUGAUGACAAAAGUUUAAGAGUGUGGGAAUGGGAUAUACCUGUAGAUAUGAAAUACAUAGCGGAUCCUACUAUGCAUUCCAUGCCUAGCGUUACACCAGCACCAAAUGGAAAAUGGUUGGCAUGUCAAAGCAUGGAUAAUAAAAUUGUAAUUUUCUCAGCUCUCAACAGGUUUAAACUGAAUAGAAAGAAAACCUUCACAGGGCAUAUGGUCGCUGGUUAUGCCUGUUCACUUGAUUUCUCACCGGACAUGAGCUAUAUCGUGUCUGGUGAUGCUGAUGGGAAAGCCUAUGUUUGGGAUUGGAAAACGACAAAGUUAUUCAAGAAGUGGAAGGCUCACGACAGCGUCUGUAUUGCGGCUUUGUGGCACCCACAUGAGUCGAGUAAAGUUGCAACCGCAGGCUGGGACGGUUUAAUAAAGUACUGGGAUUAAAAAUUUCAUAAACCAUUUUAAUUGAUUAACAUCAUAAAAUUAACAAACAAAAAUUAAAACUCUUAUG